AUGACGUGGUGCAUGUUAAUUAUAGACGACAUUGUGAUGAUUUGUGAGAUAUGCGGCGGUGUUAAGAGGAGGUUAAAGGUUUGGAGGCAGACCCUAGAGUCUAAAGAUUUCAAGUUGAGUAGGACCCAAAUGGAGUACUUGGAAUGCAAGUUCAGUGGUACGACUCUGGUGGUGGACGAAGACGUGAGGCUAGAUUCACAAGUCAUCCCUAAGAGAGAGAGUUUCAAGUAUAUUGGUUUCGUUAUUCAAGGGAAUAGGGAGAUUUAUGAGGUUGUCACACAUCGCAUUGGGGCGGGAUGGAUGAAAUGGAGGGUGGAGUGCUGGCCAGCCAAGAACUCUUAUAUCCAGAAGAUGAAGGUUGCUGAGAUGAGAAUGCAAAGAUGGAUGUGUGGGAAUACUAGGCUAGACAUGGUUAGAAAUAAAGUUAUCCGGGACAAGGUGGUUGUGGCUUCUGUGGAGGACAAGAUGUGGGACGCAAGACUAAGAUGGUUCGGACAUGUGAAGAGGAGAGGCACAGAUGAACUAGAGAGAAGGCGUGAGAGGUUGGUCUUGGAGGGCCAAUGGAGGGGUAGAGGCAGGCCGAAGAAGUAUUGGGGAGAGUUGCCUUCGCUUCGAUUAUAA